CCUCAAAAAUGUUUGCGAACUGUCACACGAAUGUCAGGCUGAAGGUUUAGUAUUCGCCAAACCUUUGUGUCGAGCAUUUCGUCGCACGUUUUUGUGAUGAUAUUUUCGCCUGAUCGUUGAUCUUCAUGAAUCAAACUCAAUUACACAUAAAUAAGGCGGUUAUUUACUUCAAAAGGGUUAUUUCAACGAUGUCUCGACCACUUCUAGUCGCGUUUGACUUUGACCAUACAAUUGUGAAUGACAAUACGGAUAUUGUAAUCCGGAAGCUACUGCCCGAACAAAAAUUACCAGAAUCAGUGAGAGGCAUGUAUCGAUCGGACGGAUGGACCGCCUACAUGCAGAGAAUCUUCGAACUUCUCCAUGCAAAUUGCAUUAACCACACACAAAUAAAUGCCGCUAUAGACAAUAUACCCGCAGUAAACGGGAUGGAGGAUCUGUUGGAAAGAUUGCACAAGAGCAAUUGCGAUAUUAUAAUAAUAAGUGACUCGAACUCAAUUUUCAUAGAGCGCUGGUUGAAGAAUAAAAAAUUGAGUCAUACUGUAUCUCGGGUAUUUACUAAUCCCGCUAAAUACGAUGACAACGGAUUGUUGAAAAUCGAAAUGUAUCAUCUGCAAGAUUGGUGCGAAUUGAGCACAAAAAAUCUCUGUAAGGGGCAUAUUUUAGAAAAUUACAUAAAAGAGUCACUGGUAAAUGGAACCUCAUUUGAGAGAGUUGCUUACGUCGGCGAUGGACGGAAUGAUUUUUGCCCCAUUCUGAGAUUGUCGGAAAAAGAUUUUGCUUUUCCAAGGUCGAAUUAUCCUCUUAUUAAAAUUUUAAAUGAAGCAAAAACUAAUGGCACGCAUCAAGUUAGAGCGCACAUGUGCCCAUGGAACGAUGGUACGCACAUUUUGGAAAAACUUCUCGUCUCUCUUGAGUAAACUAGAGUUUAAUAAUAAAAAUAAAAUUCAAUGACAUUUGAGUGUAAUCGAAUGAUAUUGUGUUAAGGCUAACCCUUCAGUCUAGGCCUUUCUUCAAUUCAAUUCUCAAGUUCUUUCAGUUAUGCUGUACCUUGCAUACUGCUCCUAUCCUUCUUUACUUGACCCAGUCUUUAUAUCUAGUGACGAGAUUAAUCGCUACACUUCAGUCCCAACUCCCGAUUUCUCGCCCUAUGAUAUAUAUCAUGAAUAUAAUUUUUUCGCCACCCGCCAACCACUCAAUUCCGAAUCCACAACCGACUAAAGAUUCUCUAACUAGGGAAGAAACAAAAUAUCAAGGAAUAGUUACAAGUUUGUUUGUCUGUCAAUGAACAUUGCCAACAAUCUCUUGACAAUUGUAAAUAUUGUCGUUAAUAUUUUCUUAUUAAGUCAUGUUAAGUUACAAUUUGUUCAUUUUUGUUGGUGGAUUUCUGCCUUACCUGUUUAAGCAUCUACUUACCUGUAUUUAUAACAUCUAAGUUAUGUAAUAGUUGAUGGUUUUUUUUCUUC